GGCAAGCAAGCAAGCUGUCCCCACUUCUCAUUCUACAGGUGUAUUGACAAGAAUUCGACAAUGGAAACGUGGUCAGUUGAUCAGGUCUGCAAAUGGUUGGUGGAGAAAAACUUGAGCGAGCUAGUUCCCAGAUUUCAAGAGGAAGAAGUCAGUGGGGCCGCACUCCUGGCCCUUAAUGAUCGGAUGGUACAGCAACUGGUAAAGAAAAUUGGACACCAGGCUGUUCUGAUGGACUUCGUUAAGAAAUACAAGCAGAGCAAUCAAGGACUGAAGCCCACGGGAGGCCCCACAGAGACAUCCAUGCUGAUCCCGGCACAAGCAGCCCCUGAGUAUGAACAAAACCCCAGUCUCGCCAGCCACGGGGACCAGACAUUUUUGUGUCCAGCUGUCCUUGACAAUAGAGUCAUUGACCAAAGAGUAUUGAAGCAGAGAAGAAAGGUAAAACAUGUUUUUGCAAGGCAUAAAGAGCUACAGUGGACUAAGUCCUACAUCUUACCAGAGUUUCCCUAUGACGUCAAGUGCAUGUUGGCAGAACAGAAGCGCCCCGACCACAGCAUGCGGAUAAAGAUCAUUGGGUUUCUCCAGGCAGAUAUGACGAAGUAUCUGGAAGGCUCCCUGUGA